AGUGUUGUCAGAGCUGGAUGAACGCAGACACGGUGUCUCAUUAUCUCUUAUAUCAGCUAGAGAUGUCGUAGCUGCUGAAAGUGAAAGUGAAAGAGCUCCACUGCCGGGAGCAUGCCAGAAGAACGGCACAGAAGCUAUCAGGCUGUUCAGUAAGUACUCUUAUUUUAAGGCUGCUGCUUACCUACCAUGAUACGGGGUAACUCUGCAGGUUAUAAACCUCUAAGAAUCAUGGACCAGGGAAAGAAAACAGUGCCGGGGAACAAGUUCUAUCUCCAAGUGUCAGGAUGUACCAACGGGGCUCAUCUGCCCUGGGUGGAAAGAUAUAAAGGUAUGAGCCAAACCCAGGUGUUUUCUCUGGAACAAUGUGACUACAUUCUGCUUUUCUGUCCCAUCGCGUCUCGAGUUGGAACAGACAUCGGCGAGGCACUGGACAAAAUCCCAGGGGGGAAACCAACGAUUCUGGUAGUGAUGCAUCACACCUACGACAAAGAUUAUUUUGUCCCUGAGAGCAGGAGAAUCGUGGAUCACCCGGAUGUCAUCAGCACCGUGGACACUUUGUUCCAUGAGAACCAAUUCCUGCACUGCACCCGCAAUGACAUCUCCUGGAUGGAAGUCAAGGGGCUUAUUGCAGUUUCCCCAGCACCGCUCUCCUCCUUCCAACAUAAGUGUGGCUACACGAACAAGGAAGUGAUGUCUGGGACCUCAGUGCCAGGGAACAACUUCUAUGUCUACUUGGCGGGAACAACCAAUGGUGCUCAUCAAGCCAUUGUGGACAAGCUGAAAGGCCUCGGUCACACUGAGAAGCAAAGGCAUGAAAUAAGUGACUACCUUGUUGUUUUCUGUCCCAUCAGUUCAAGAGUUACACCAGACAUCAACGCGGCACUGAGCAGCAUGCCAGGUAGUUAUCCAACAAUGCUGGUGGUGAUGCAUCACACCUUCAAUCCCGGCCAAGUUGUGAUUGACAGCAGUAGAGCGGUGAACAAGGCCAACGUCUUCCUCACCGUGGACUGUCUGUUCUACGACAGAAAACUCCUGAACUGUAACUGCAACGACGACGCGUGGGAUAAAAUCAAGAAGGCCCUCGGAGUUUCCUGUGGACAGGUCUCUUACUGGAAACAUUGGAUGUUUGGCUGGGUGUGGAGGUAUCGCAAGCCGAUCCUUAUUGGACUUUUUAUUUUUGUGACUUUAAAGAUCUGGGGGAAUAUGAGGGGGUGGGAAUAACUCCACACUCCACCAAAUGUUUAUCUGAAUCAGAAAUUAAAUCAGUGACUGGAUGUUAAAGAGGCAAGGUCAACUAUUAAACAAUCCCAAACUUUGAAAA